GAAUAGCGAGUGAUGUCAUCAUUUGUUCUGGGCUGUGCUCUCUCUCCUCCCCUCUGUCUGGCGUCACUGUACAGACAUACACUUACCAGUGGCAGAGAGGAAGACAGAGAAACACACACCCACAUUCAGCAUCCUUUCAGUAGCAGCUUAGCAUCAGUAUCCAGGACUGUCCACCUUACUGUCAGGUCUGACAGGAUGGCUGAAGGUUCAGGUGAGGUAUCACUGGCAGAUGUUGAGACAGCAUUUCGUAAAUUUGCAGUGCAUGGAGACACCAAAGCGACGGGGAAAGAGAUGAACGGGAAAAACUUUGUUAAGCUGUGCAAGGACUGUAAGGUCAUCGAUGGCAAAAGCGUCACCAGCACAGAUGUGGACAUCAUCUUCAGCAAAGUCAAGGUUAAAUCGGCACGUGCCAUCACAUUUGAGCAGUUCACUCAAGCCAUGGCGGAGUUGGCUACAAAACGUUUUAAAGGGAAGAGCCAGGAAGAGGCAGUACAGCUUCUCUACGGACUUAUUGCCGGCAAAGAACCCGCUAACGUUGGUGUCACUAAAGUGGCAAAAGUCUCCACCGUAGACAGGUUAACAGACACCAACAAGUACACUGGUUCUCAUAAGGAGCGCUUUGAUGUGUCAGGAAAGGGAAAAGGCCGUGCAGGGAGGGAAGACAUCCCUGAUACCAGUGGAUAUGUUUCGGCAUACAAAGGCCAAGGCUCCUACGAAAGCAAAGUAAAAGAGGAUGAAUGAGAAGAAGUGAUAAAAGGAAAACAUGCUUUAUGCCUGACAUAAUAAGUGUCCGUCUGAAGUCUUCCUGGUUUUUUUAGCAGCUGGGCUGUGGCUUGCCUGCAAAAACAAGAUGGCUAAAUGUAUUUAUAAUUUUUACACUUGCGAGCACUUCACAGUUAAUGGUCUAUAAAUCGUAAAACGCCCUUUGGUGAUGCUUGUGUUUGUUGUUUUUACACUGGUUCAAACCACCGUGUAGCAACCUGCCUGUCUGUCCAUACCUGCUAGCUAACUGAAAAACACUGACUUGAAUCCCAGGGGAAACACAUGCUGAUAAGAUACAUACCUUGAAUGCAAGCCAUUUUAGACAAAAGCAGCUGCCAAAUACAUAAAUUAGCGAGACAUUCAAAACAAUAAUCCUUUAAAAAUAAGUGACAGCUUAGAGUUGACAGAUGUGGGGGUCAUAAACUGGUUUGUCAUCAUCGUGUUACUGAUUCUUCAUGUGGUAACAAGCUGAUUUGUGUGUCGUUGACCCAUUUGCCUUUCAUAAAUGUAAUAUAUUACUUAUAUUUAAGACUAAAUAAAACCAAACAGUAACCCACAAAUUUGAACUGUCAUCAUUUACUCACGCUCAUGUAAUUUCAAACCUGUAUGAUUUUCUUUCUUCUGUGGAACAUAAAAUAAUUUUGAGAAACUGUUUUUUUUUUUUUUUUGGUUCCCAACAUUCUUCAAAAUAUCUUUUUGAUUCUGUGAUGCACAGAAGUUAGUUCUACUGGUUUGAAAUGGCAUGAAGGUGAGUAAAUGAAAGGAUUUUCUUUUUUUGUUUCAACUAUCCCUUUAAGUGCUGCUUUCUCUCUGCUGGGGUUAUUAUUUUGCUGGCUAAAUAAUGAGCUUUAUUGUGUGCUAUUUGAGCUUCAUGGCUUUGUCGCACUGAGAUCUCUAUCAAAUUGUAAACACUGAGCUGAGUCGACUCAAAUAAUGUCAAAUAAAGAAGUGUCAUGUGAGAAUACAUGACUGAAAUUA